AUUUGGAGAUAUUAACUGUUUAGUCUGUUGUAAAAUUGGCCAAAUCAUAUCACUAUAUCUAGUUGAACAGUUACUUGAAAUUUAUUUUUGUCUAUUUUUGGGUGUCAUAAGAUAUUUGAGGUAGAAACUAGAUAGAAACUCUCUUUAACACAAUUUAAGUCGCCCCGAUGGAUUAAAUGUCGCAGUGGGAGAUUAUUUCACUUAAAAAUGGGGGGAAAUGUCAUAAGAUAAACAAUCUGCCAUUGGAACUAGUAGUCUCUUUUUUAUCAAUAGUAAGGACUUACUGACUUAAAGAAAAGCUCCUAUUUCUUGCUGAAAAGUAACUUCCAGUUAGUUUUCUCAAGACAAAAUAGACCAAACUCCUUGGUAGGAUUGUGUUUUUGCAGUGUACCAAAGUUUAAAGGUGAACCACCUGAAGCUGACUCCACCUUCAGACCUCCAAGCUGUAAAAGGAAUCCGUUUCUCCCUCUCCUUCCUCCACGCUGAAAGUCCUCCAGCAGCAGAGAUCCGGUAUCGCCUUCGUCUCCAGACACAGAAGGCCUUGUGUCCCGCCGAGCCUCGUCCUCCCACCAUGUACUCUGCAGGCCUGGAGAUCCUGGGCAUGAUCCUGGCGGUGGCGGGCUGGCUGGGGGUGAUGGUGGCGUGCGGCCUGCCCAUGUGGCGCGUGGCGGCCUUCAUCGGCCAGAACAUCGUCAUCUCCCAGGUGAUCUGGGAGGGCCUGUGGAUGAACUGCUCGGUGCAGAGCACGGGCCAGAUGCACUGCCGCGUCCACGAGUCCAUGCUGGGGCUUCCCACGGACCUGCAGGCCGCCCGGGCCUUGGUCAUCGUCUCCAUGGUGAUGAGCAUCGUUGGAAUCGGCUUGGCGGUGGCCGGUGCCAAGUGCACCAACUGCAGCCGGGACGUGAGCAGCAAGCCGCGGCUGGUGGUGGCGGCCGGCGUGACGUUCGUGGCGGCCGGGCUGCUGAUGCUGGUGGCCGUGUCGUGGACGGCCCACGCCAUCGUGCUGGGCUUCUACGACCCCAUGCUGGAGGAGACGGGCAAGCGGGAGUUCGGGAACGCGCUGUACUUUGGCUGGGCCGCGUCCUGCCUGCUCAUCCUGGGGGGCGCUCUGCUCUGCUGCUCCUGUCCGUCUACAGCAGCAGCAGCAGCUGCAGCGCCGAGUGGCGCCGUCUCCGUAGCGCCCAGGGCGGAUUACUCAGCCGUCAAAAGCACUUCGGUCAACGGAUACACCAGGAAGGACUAUGUCUGAACGACUGACAUGACUGAAAGUGUUUGUGGAUAUAAAUACAAAAACAGAGAAUCUUACCAAGUGUUUUCCUCUAGUUUCUAAUGCAAAACUAAACAAAACUAACUUACAAGGAACUUUUCAACAAAACAGGAGCUAAAGCUUUGAAGAUAAACUGUGAUUUAAACUAUUUUAUAACUAAAUUUAGUCAUAAAAAUCUAAUUUUGAUUCAGGACCAUCGUUUAUUGUUUAGUCUAAAGUUUUCUAAAAUAUCAGAUUCUUAAUUAAAAUGAUCAA